GACUUGCGAACGGCGAUCGAGUCGUGCGGGCGCGCCGUGCGGACGCUCGAGCGCGAGGUUUCCUCAAAGAAGGAUGCCAUGCAGAAAGCAACAGACGCCUAUGUCGAGGCCGAAGAGCGCUUGGCAGAUGCCAAGUCUGCGAUGAAGAAGCUCGAAGAGGAGAUGCUCGAGAUCAUCUUGGCAACCGGGAAGGCGAAGGACGCGCGUCUGACAGACCUGCUGAUGAAGGUUCCAGAAGUUGAGAAAGAGCAGCCUACUUGA